AUCUCCAAUUUUUGUGGUGGCGUCGUUGUAAAAAACAAGCAUUUUCUCCAUUUAUUUACAACUGUCGAAUAAUAAUGUUAAGUCGCAAGCGCCGUGCUAGCUCAAUAUCGAGUCGGCAAGAUGAAGACCCGCUUCUAUUAGAUGACUCGACGCCGGAGCAGUCCCCGGUGCAACAAACCCAAUCGGCGCGCAAAAAGCGGCGCCUGGAUCCAACGGAGCUGUGUCAACAGCUGUACGACUCGAUCCGCAAUAUUAAGAAGGAGGAUGGCUCCAUGCUGUGCGACACGUUCAUUAGGGCGCCCAAGCGCCGCCAGGAGCCAUCCUACUAUGACGUGGUGGUGAAUCCCAUCGAUUUGCUGAAAGUGCAGCAGAAGCUGAAAACAGACUCCUAUGACGAUCUAUACGACAUGAUGACUGACUUGGAACUGCUAAUAAACAAUGCGAAAGCGUUCUAUAAGCCGGAAUCAAGCGAGUAUCAGGACGCAAUUGCCUUGUGGCAGCACAUACAGACGCACCGCCAGCGCAUUCUUGAAGCCAAUGGCUUUACGGAGGAGGAGCCACGUGCCAAGCGUGCGCCUCGCAAUCCACGACGGCUGACGAGCAGCACCGAGCCGGGAGGCGGCGAUCUUGACGACGAUUGCAAUCAGUAUGAGGAGCUCUUUGCAUCUGUGAUGACAGCCACCGAUCCCAUUGGCGACAGAGCCAUGCAUCCCAUAUUCCAACUGCUGCCCUCCAAGAAGGCAUAUCCCGACUACUACGAUGUCAUUGAGCAUCCCAUUGACUUGCGUCUCAUUGCCACCAAGAUACAAAUGAAUGCUUAUUCGACGCUGGUGGAGAUGGAGCGUGAUCUGCUGCAAAUGACCAAGAACGCUUGUCUGUUCAAUGAGCCCGGAUCACAGAUAUACAAGGAUGCCAAGGCUCUCAAGCGUAUAUUCACCCAGCGACGCAUUGAGCUGGAGACGGGCAAAGGGAAGCCAGCUCGACGUCUCAAGAACCUGUCCAGUGCGGCGAUAGCAGCGCUCAAAGAGGAAGUGGACAGCUCGGAUGAUGAGGAGACCAGCAAGAAAGGCGAGGGUCCCAUGUGGGCGCUUUUUGAUCAUUUAUAUAAUUCACCGGGCACGUCGGAGCAUCCGGGUGUCACUGGUCCGCCGUUGGGCAACUCCUUGUGGAAGCUGCCCGUGCGUCGCUUUCAUCCCGAAUACUUUGAGCUCAUCAAGCGUCCCAUAUCCAUGAGCCAAAUCCACACCAAGCUGAAGAAGGGCGACUAUGCCAACAUCAGCGAUCUCACCGGUGAUCUAUAUCUGAUGUUGGACAAUGCCAAGAAGGCAUUUCCCGCUACUCAUCGCACCCACAAGGAUGCACUGAAAAUGCUGAAACUCAUGAAUGCCAAGCUGGUGGAGGAGACGCUCGAGGAGACCAGCGACCUGGAUGAGGAUGAGGCGGAUGAAACGUUCACGACCAGCGUGCAGCCCGAGAAGCGUAAGCCGGGCAGACCACGAGUUAACUCCAACUCAAAUCCCAGCACAUCGCACGCCUCGAACAAUUCCAGUUCACCCAAAUCCAAUCGCAUUCCCAUCAAUGCGACCAUCAAGAAGAAAAUCCUCAGCAUACAAAAGUAUCUGGUCGACUAUACGGUGGAGUAUCGUCGUCUAAUCGAGAUGUUUAUGGAGAAACCGUCGCGUCGGGCGUAUCCGGAUUACUAUGAGAUCAUCCAGAAUCCCAUUGACAUGAAUACCAUUGAGCACAACAUACGAUCCGAUCGCUAUGCCACCGUGGAGGAUGUCGUGGCCGACUAUCGCCUCAUGUUCUCCAAUUGUCGACAGUACAACGAGGAUUGCUCCACCAUCUAUGAGGAUGCCAAUACCCUGGAACGUGCGCUAAAUGAGAAGCUUAAGGAGUUUCCCGGCCUGACGGAGGUCAAGAGACCGGUGCAAAAGUACAACAAGCUGGGACGCAAGCCAAAAGCUGCUGUCCUGGCGGAUCGGGAUCGCAUGUGGCAGUAUUAUGAGACACUGCGGGAUUACCAGGAGCCGAAGGGCAAACGGCAGCUAUCGCUGAUCUUUACCAAGUUGCCGUCAAAGAGCGACUAUCCGGAGUACUAUGACAUCAUUAAGGAUCCCAUGGACAUGGAGCGCAUUGCACAGAAGCUUAAGCAGGGCGCCUACGAGAGUGUCGACGACCUGGCAGCGGAUUUCCUGCUCAUGCUGGAGAAUGCCUGCAAAUACAAUGAGCCCGACUCGCAGAUCUACAAGGAUGCACUGGUGCUGCAGCAACUGACGCUCCAGCUGAAACAGCAGCUGCGCACCGAGCCCGACGUGCCACUGGCUGUCCAGGAGCUGUUCCUCACACUGUUCACCUCGCUGUACAACCAUCAGGACGAGGAGGGACGCUGUUACUCCGACUCAUUGGCCGAGCUGCCCGAGUACGAUGAGUUGGGCGAAGGCGCCAAGUUGCGUGGCAUAUCUUUGGAUCUGGUCAAGCGGCGACUCGACAAGGGCGCCUACAAGCGUCUCGAUGUCUAUCAGGAGGACAUAUUCGCCUGCAUGGAGCGGGCACGCAAAUUGUCGCGCACGGACUCGGACAUCUUUCAGGAUUCGAUUGAGCUGCAAACGUAUUUCAUACGCAAGCGGGAUGAGCUGUGCAAGGACACAUUGAGCUCGCCGGCGCUUAGUUUCACGCUGGACAAGCUGUUGUCGGACGUGGAAGUGACGCGGCAGCAGAAGCUGGCGCAGGAGGAGCAGGAUCAAGAGCAGGACAAGGACAAGGAUGAGUUCAAUGCCAGUGCCAAGGGCGAAAGCAUGACCAUCAAUCAGCAGGUGUAUUCCCCCGGUGAUUAUGUGUACGUCCAAAUGCCGGAGCACAAGAUACCCACCAUUGUAUGCAUUGAACGUCUCUGGACAACGCCCAGCAGCGAGAAGCUAAUGCAGGCCUCCAUCUUCCUGCGUCCCCAUGAAACGUAUCACGUCACGACACGAAAGUUUCUCGAGAAGGAGGUCUUCAAGAGCAGCAUUUCCCAGACGAUUUCCAUGGACAAGGUGCUGGGCAUGUGCUAUGUGAUGCACAUUAGGGACUACAUCAAGCUACGGCCGGAUGGGCUGCCGGAGAAGGAUGUGUUUGUCUGCGAGUCUCGCUACAAUGUGCAGGGACGUUGCUUCAAGAAGCUCAAGAACUGGUCCACAUCGCGCGACAGCAACAACAGCUCCGUGCGCUUUGUGCCGCGAGAGACGCCGCUGGAGCUGAAGCGUGUGAUGUCCGUCUUCAAGGAGCGCAUCGAGAAGCACAAGGGCGAGCUGGAGGAGCUCAAGCUGCAGGAGACGCUCGUCGAGAAGGAGAAGCCCAAUGUGAUCUGCGAUGCGCCACCAAACGCCGAGGACAACAGUGUCUACUAUCAGCAGUACAACACCAUCUGCAGCGGUGUCAUCAAGACCGGCGAUUUCGUCUACGUGGCCACACAGACGGGCAAACAAUCCGUGGCCCAGGUCCAGCAAAUCUGGGAGAUAAAUGGCAAAUCCUAUUUCAAGGGACCUUGGCUAUUGGCGCCCAGCGAGACUACGCCGGCAUUGGGCAAGCAAUUCUAUCGCCAGGAGCUGCUGCUGAGCACCGUUGAGGACAUCAGUCCCGUCAUUGGCAUCGUGGGUCGUUGCGCUGUCCUGGAGUACGCCGAGUUCAUCAACUCCCGGCCGACGGAGAUCGCCGAGAGCGAUGUGUACAUCUGUGAGUCCGUCUACGAUGAACUGAAGAAGGCACUGCGCAACCUGGUCGUUGGCAAUCUGCGCAAGUUCCAGCACAGCGCCGAGGUGACUGAGGAUGAGAUCUUUUAUUUCAAAUCUCCCAUCAAGCCGGCAAAGGACGCCAAAACGGAGCUCAACGAACUGGCCAUGCUGGAGGACUCCAUGGAUGGGGAUACGCCAUCGCUGAGCUCGGACAUUAUUGCCAUAUCGUCACCAGCGCCGUCCGUCAACUCCACACCGCUGACCUCGAAGGCAAAGACCAAAACGGCCAAGAAGAGCCUCACCGGCUACAUACUCUACUCCAGCGAUGUGCGCAAGGGUAUUAGUCAGAGCAAUCCCGAUGCCAGCUUUGGCGACAUCUCGCGCCUGGUGGGCAAUGAGUGGAAGAGUUUGCCCUCCAGUGUCAAGCAAAGCUGGGAGGAUCGUGCCAACAAGCUGAACGAGGAGGCUGCUGCACUGCGUCGUGAGAUUGACGAGGGUCAGAACUGUGCCAGUCCAUUGCCGGCAAUUGGCUCGGGAGGAAAUCAGGAGCCCGGUCCGGCUUUGACCUAUGAGUGCAUGUGGGACAAGUGUGACUUUCAGUUCGAGGAGUUGGCCGACUGCACGGAACACUGUCUGUCCGAUGCCACCGGGCACAUACAGCGCCAUCCACAGGCGGGUGUCGAGCUGGAGUACGUGUGCCUCUGGCGCAACUGUCCACGCAUACGCAAGACCACCCAGGCCUUUCCCAAUGUGCUGCGUCUCAUUAAGCAUGUGCGGGAGGUGCAUUUGAGCAAGUGCGGCAAGCCGUUGGCGCUUACGGAGCGCGGCAGGAACUUUACGCCACGCAAGCAAAAGCUGGUGGCUCAACAGGCGGUCAGUGUGGGCGUGGCCAUACCGUCCAGCAAUGCAAUCUCACCCCGUGCACCGGUUAACAUUGAGACAGCACAACAACAGCAGCAGCAGCAACAAUUGCAGCUGCAACAGCAACAGCUGCAGCAACAACAACAGCUGCAACAGACGAUUGUUAUGGGUCCGACUCCGGAUCCAAUGUUUGUAACGGUGCCGCCUCGUGCCAAUCGUGUCAUCCACUCCGAGGCGUACAUCAAGUACAUCGAGAGCCUGCAGACUGGCAGCCACCUGGCGGUCAACACUUGCAACAACAAUUGGCGUCGCUCGCUCACUCACGUCACUCCCCUGCAGGUGACCAAGACACAGCUGCCGGAGCACUGGCUCGGUCCCAAUCUCCGCGACCAGGAGAAUGUGGUGCAGGCUCUGUGCCACCUGCGCAACUUUAUGCUGGACGACGUGCUGCAAAUACAACACAGUUGCACCUAAUUCUUAUCACUAACUUAAAUCCAAAUCAUUACAAUCUCUAUGUCAAGAUUAAAGUCAAAUAAAACCAUUGAAAUAUAUACAUGUGAUUACAUGUAAAUACGUUUCCACCAUAUACAAAAAAU